AUGGAUGUCGCCCAGAAUACGGCACCCCCAGGCGAUAUUUCCGAGAAUCGACAUGCGGCUAUCUUUGGCGUGGGAAUUGGGUUCAUCGCAUUUGACUCCAUUAUCAUUGCGCUGCGCAUCUAUAUACUCAAUUUCGGAUUAUCAAUAACGAUUAUGAUCGGAUCCAACUACGGAAUCGGAAAACACCCGCUUGCCAUUUCGGAAAGUGACACCGUGCCUAUGCUGAAGUGUAUUUGGGUUACGCGUAUCCUCUACACAGUUUCUAUGGGGCUGGUUAAAAUGUCCUUACUGUGGUUUUAUCUCCGUCUCGAUCCCCGCAAAUAUAUGCGCUGGGCCGUCUUCUUCGUCAUGUUCUUCAACAUCGGAUUAUCUCUUGCAAGUUUCAUCGGCGCGCUAGCGGGCUGCAGUCCUCCAUCUUUGUUCUGGACUAAUCCAACAUCGAGCGGCUGUAUGCCCGUGGGAGUACAGCAACGCUUCUAUGAGGUCAAUGGCAUCUUGAAUAUCGUAACGGAUAUCUUGACAUAUCUACUCCCAGUUCCAAUGCUCUAUGGGCUGCAGUUGACUUGGCGCAAAAAGGGGGCUAUCCUGGGGAUAUUUGGGCUGGGUAUUUUGUCCAUUGCUGCGGCCUGCGUUCGCUAUGACUUUGUCACGAAACUAUCCUCGGCCAAAGAAGAGUAUUAUCUUCUCUUGGCUGACUCCCUUAACUGGUGCACGAUUGAGGCUUACGUUGCCAUCUUCUGUGGUUGCGCUCCAUCCCUCUCCGUCCUGAUCAAAGCCCACGCCCCAUCUAUAUUUGGUUCCAGUGCUGCCAAAUACCCAAGUAGCGCGCAGUCGCCUGGAGCAAGCUAUUUGCAGCGACGGAGCCCUCUAAGGAGUAGUCGGCGUCGGGGACUGGACGAUACGACACUGGGUAGUCAGGAUGCUAUUGUUACUGUCAGCAAUCCUGAUCAGGAUCAGGACGGGAUCAUGAUGAAGACGGAUAUAAAUAUGGGUGUGGCGACACGGAAGUCGACGGAGGAUAUGACUUAUAAGGAGUAUUAUGAUUCUGCGAGGCCGAAAUAA